AUGUCGCUCAAUGGGUUAGAUGAUCCCUCUAUCAUCGAGUCUUACCAGAAUGUCGUUGCUUUACUACACAAGGGAACCGGGGGCGUCGUGGAGAUUCGCUCGACCAUAAGCGCCUACGAGGAGAAGUCGCCGCUGUAUGGCUUCCUACAGUAUCGCCGGAGAAAGAUCAUACUCAGAUACGUGCCCGAAGGAAUCUCGAGACUCAUCCAAGCUCGGAUUACUGUCCAGUUUCAGUCGAUUCUCGACCGGUUCUCGCCUCAUGAUACUGUCUUUUCACUUACUACCCCAUCUGAACUCACCGAAAAUGCGCUCUCUUCCACCUGCAUGCUGCACGCCGCAUCUGGCUCCAUGACUUCUUCGACCAGCUCGCUGCGACAACGACGACUUGGAGAAAUCACCGAAGAUGCCGAGGAGAACGGAGCAGACGAAGAGGAGCGCUCCAAGCGUGCUCCAACCUCAUCCAGCCAUAGCAGGGCAGGAAGUGUCUUCAGCGGGAUGUCAGAAGCCACCGCAGUACCCAGCAGUAUGUUGCGGGACGCAGCGUCGAAAGACCAGCCAAAUGGUGGUGCCAUGUUGACCCCAGACGCACUCGCAUACAAACCAUUACCCUUAGCCCCCACUUUGAACACUCCAACUCGCGCAAAUGGCAUUGCCCAGCAGCAUCUCCUUGACCAGCUAUCUCAGCCGCUUCCCGAGGCACGAACUUCCUCUCAGUCCGUCAGACCGUCUCUUCACGAUCUGGAUCAGAUCAGCAUACGGAGACCGAAAGUACGACUUGGUCCGCGGCCUUCGCUGGAUGCAAACGGACGGCCCAAGACAGCAGGCUCCAUGACUAGGUCCUAUGAACCACGACCGGUUGCUUCGCUGCCUGCUGGAAUGCGGUCAAGAAAGCAGUCUACAUCACGACCCAAAUCACAGCCAGACUAUGAGCAGGGAGAUGCCCAAGCUCAAGGGACGGCACCCCCUGUUCCUCCUUUACUAGUCCCGCCACCAGCGAUUAUUGGGGCCUUUUCAAGAAACGCGCCUUCAUCUCCUAGAUCAGUCAGAAGCUGUGCUACGACCAUCGGAAUGACGCCAGAGAAACAGCGUCUAAUGCGGGCCCUAGAGCUACGCAAACAGCAAAUGGCUCGACAGCCGCAGAAGGCGGAAUCGAAGGCUGAAUCGAAAACUCCAGAACAAUUACCAGAGCCAAAGGGGCAAAGGAGCGUUGAUGGGGAAGUCCCAAGCAGAAUUUCUCCUAAGGGAGGAUCGGCGUCGGUGGGCCCAACUAUUGACAAGGAUGCUGCUAAUACACCACAAGCCAAACAGACAGCUGUCUCUGAGAACAGAAAAAUUACAACAUCGCCAGAAUUGCACGAGAUUGUUCAAACACCUUCUUCCGAGGCGUCGACGCCCGAUUCAGCUGUUGAGCUGUCUCCUUCGCACCGUUCAAUUGCUGCUGAGCAGAAGAAGGCCUACGCUUCUUCGCCUGCUGCUGCUGCUGCUCCCCUGGCCGAAAAGGAGGUGGACUUGGAGCCCACACCUCCUCAGACACCUCCUGAGGAAUUGGAGCUCCUUAAACCAGUGGCAUACUCUGCACCGAAGAUGGCAGCUGUCACUCCAGCUCCUUCACCACAGGCAGACCACAUGGUUGAACCUGUCGCUGAAGAUCCCUCCAGCUCUUCCUCCAUACUUCCAUACCGCCCACAAGCUUCUCCUGAGACCUUCAUGUCCUCCUCCGUCACGUCUCAAUCGAUCGAAAAAUCAUCGGUAGACACCAGCUCCUCGUCAACCCUACGAAAUGUCUCGGAUACAGAGUCUGACGCCCUUUCAAAACAUACCGUAUUCGCCAACUCCUCUCAGUCGAGUAUCGCUGAAGAAAUUCCAGAUUCUAUCGACGAUAGUGCUCCUAAGCCCGAACAAGCUGUAGCCCCAACCAACGGGACGGCGGCGGCUCCAGCUGCCGAUUCGGAAUCUGAUCUUGGCGGAGAGACUCCCACACCCCGAAGCACGACCGAUGAACCUUCAGAUAUAAAGGUAGAGGAGGUGCCUGCCGCUGUUUCGUCGCCAGUUAUUCAGAUCGACGAUAAAGAGGUCGCCGAUAGCAAGCCUGAGGCUGCUGAGGAAUCCAACACUGACAAGGAUGCUGAUACGACAGUAGCCAGUCAGAAGGAAAAGCGAAUUGCAAUGCUCGAGCCUAUCCAUAUCCCAUCUGGCGCCAGCAACGCUGACGAGGAAAUUCUCCUUUCGGACGAUUCUUUCAUGGAUGAGCUGGGUAGUGCAACCCUACAGGAGGCUCGGCCAAUUGCCAUUCCCCGUACGCCUACAAGCAGUAGCGGAAAGGGUUCAUCCUCUGAACGUUGGAACGGUUCUCGCAUGGUCUCUAAUUCCUCCGCUCGAUCAGAUAUUGAGGCCCUUCCGGUCGGCGUAGCUUCCUCCAGAGCUUUCUUCGAGUCGGAAAAGUCUGCUCCCGUCCUCGUUGCUAAGAAGGUAAAUGUCUCCUCGGGCAUUUCGAAACGUAUCAAGGCCCUGGAAAUGUUCUCCAGCCGCGAAGCUAGCCAGGUACCAGAUAAAGCUUCAAACCGACCUGAACCACAAAAGACUGCUACACCCUCUGCCUUCGAAAAAUUCAGAAAGCGCACUUCUAUAUCUCAGUCUCCAGGAUCCCUCUCCCCUUCUCCCAGCAACCUGGCUCUACCACAAGCUGCUGAGGCCGCAGCGGGGAAGAACGGAGAUUCCAAGUCAGUCAAUCGACCCAAGUCGAAAUCCGUGUCUGUAACUGCCAGGAUUGUUCGUGGUACAUCAGGCACUCCGUCCGAAAAUCAGUCAGAUUCAGAGCCAGCCUUACAUCGAAGCGAGAUCACAGUCGACCAAAAUGGUGACAAGUCCGCCCAGCCUUCGAACCUGAGUAUCAGAAGCCCCGAAAAACGCCAUUCGAUCUGUUCGAGUACAGGUUCCAAACGAAACUCCUUCACCGGAUCAAGGCCCGCUCCGCUCGACAACAAAGCCCACAUCACUCGACCGAUGCUCGACUCUGCUUCCUCAAGCGACACCGCACACUGCAACGCUGACAGCACAGAUGAGACAAAGGAAGACAAAAAGGGUUCCCGCAAGUCACGAAUCAUUCGCCGCAUGUCCUCCAUUACCACAAACUCCCUACGAAAAUCAACAGCUAAAGACUCAAAGGGCUCAGCUGCUCCCCAAACACCAAUAAUACAAGAAUCUCCAACCCUGGACAGUGCACCAGUCCAUGUUGUUGAUGUUGGCGAAGUCAAUGUUCAAUUCCCUGAUACCCUGCUGUGGAAGCGGAGAUUUAUGCGAGUUGAUGAAGGCGGGUAUCUGAUUCUCACUCCCGGAACAAUCGAUGGAAACCCUCGAAACACGGUGAAGCGCUACCACCUUUCUGAAUUCCGAAGACCGUACGUGCCCGAUCAUGAUAGACAGGAGCUACCUAAUAGCAUCCUCCUUGAUUUCUGUGAUGGGAAUACACUCCAAUGCGCCUGUGAAUCAAAGCAAGGUCAGAGUAUAACUCUCCAAACCUUGAUCGAUGCUCAUCAUGCUUAUACCCAAUAA